GGCGCGGAGGUCGGCCGCAGCCAUGGCCGUGCUGCUGGAGACAACGCUGGGCGACCUGGUGAUCGAUCUGUACACGGAGGAGCGCCCCCGCGCUUGUCUGAAUUUUCUAAAGCUCUGCAAAGUCAAGUACUACAACUACUGUCUUAUUCAUAAUGUACAGAGGGAUUUUAUUAUACAAACUGGUGACCCCAUGGGAACUGGCCGUGGAGGGGAAUCCAUAUUUUGUCAACUCUAUGGUGAUCAAGCUAGAUUUUUUGAAGCAGAAAAAGUGCCAAGAAUUAAGCACAAGAAGAAGGGAACUGUGUCGAUGGUGAACAACGGCAACGAUGAGCAUGGAUCACAGUUUCUUAUUACUACAGGGGAAAACCUGGAUUACCUUGAUGGUGUGCACACAGUGUUUGGAGAAGUGACGGAAGGCAUGGAUGUAUUGAAGACAAUUAAUGAAACCUUUGUAGAUAAGGAUUUUAUCCCAUAUCAAGAUAUCAGGAUAACUCAUACAGUAAUUUUAGAUGAUCCAUUUGAAGAUCCACCUGGCUUGUCUGUCCCUGAUCGCUCACCAGAACCUACUAAGGAACAGCUAGAUAGUGGCAGAAUAGGAGCAGAUGAAGAAAUCGAUGACUUGAAAGGACGGUCUGUAGAUGAAAUAGAAGAAGUUGAAGCAGAAAAAGAAGCAAAAACUCGUGCCAUUCUUCUGGAAAUGGUGGGAGACUUACCAGAUGCAGAGGUCAAGCCACCGGAAAAUGUGUUGUUUGUUUGUAAACUGAAUCCUGUGACCACAGAUGAAGACCUGGAGAUAAUAUUCUCACGAUUCGGUCCCAUUAAAAGCUGUGAAGUGAUUAGAGACUGGAAGACUGGUGAAUCUCUUUGUUAUGCUUUCAUUGAAUUUGAAAAGGAGGAAGACUGUGAGAAAGCCUACUUCAAAAUGGACAAUGUGCUGAUAGAUGACAGACGGAUACAUGUGGAUUUUAGCCAGUCAGUUGCGAAGAUAAAGUGGAGGGGAAAAGGUGGGCGCUAUACCAAGGAUGAUUUCAAAGAGUACGAAAAGGAACGAGACAAAUCUUCAAAAGUUGCUCUGAAAGAGAAAGUUAAACCAAAGCAGGAUGCCAAGUAUGACCUUGUGCUGGAUGAGGACAUAGAAGAGUCUCAAACCAGUCAGUCACGCUUUGCUAAAAAACAGAAGAAGAAAAAGCACCACCACUCUGAAGAUGAAGAGGAUGACAAGAGGAGCAAAAAGUCGAAGGAUUCUGACCGAAAAUAUGAAGGAGAACGCUGCAGAGAGAAGACAAAGAGUGAGAAGAAAGACAGGCAUCGGAGUCGCAGCCGAUCUCAAGAGAGAGACUACACUUACAGCAAACAAAAAGACAAAUACAAAGACGACUCCCGAGUAAGAGACUGGGAUAGAAAAGCAGACAGAAGCAGAAGUCCUAAGAAAUCAAGAGACAAAGAGAGGUCCGAGUACAGAUGAAAGACAAGGGAAAGAGAGGAACUAAUCAGUGUUUUCUUCCUGCAUUUCCAACAUCCUCUCCAAUGGAUGCGCAAUUCCUGGCUAAAAGCAGCUGCCUUCUGUUGGCAGCUUGGCCUUAGAAUUCUGUGAGCACCCGGUGUGUGAGUGUCGGAGUGAGCCUUGAUUCCAAAAGGAUGUUUUUAAUAAAGUCUUUCACAUUGGUGAAAUGGUUUGAGUCUCCAGAAA